UCUACGCAGUCUGCAGCCACUACAGUCUCCAGCCAGCCACGCAGGACGUCUGGAACGCAGGUUAAGCAGCGAGUCAGCGACGGCCGACGGACGGGAACGGCGACUUCCUGUUCCUGCAAAUGCACAAGAGAAGUCAAAUGGAGACAACCGAUCAAACUGAAGCUUCCUGCUCGUAAAACCCUACGGUUUUGGCGCCACCAUUUUCAUAUCCGACAAGCUCAUCGGCUGUGUACCAUGAAGGUGGUGGCUUUAGUUAGCGGCGGCAAAGACAGCUGCUAUGCUAUGAUGAAAUGCAUACAGUACGGCCACGAGAUAGUUGCAUUGGCGAAUUUAAUGCCGGCUGAUGAUGCACAGGACGAGCUUGACAGCUACAUGUAUCAAACUGUUGGGCACCAGAUAGUUGUCAGCUAUGCAACAUGCAUGGGAGUGCCAUUAUUCCGAAGGAGAAUAAAAGGAUCCACAAGGAAUCAUGGCCUUAGCUACAGCUUGACUCCUGGUGAUGAAGUUGAAGACAUGUUCAUCUUGUUGAAUGAAGUAAAACGACAGAUACCUGAUGUUGCAGCAGUGUCUUCUGGUGCAAUUGCAUCUGACUACCAAAGACUUCGAGUUGAAAGUGUAUGUUCAAGGUUAGGACUUGUUUCAUUGGGAUAUUUAUGGAAGCAAGAUCAAUCAUUACUUCUUCACGAAAUGAUAAGAAGUGGUAUUGUUGCAAUUAUAGUUAAGGUUGCAGCUAUUGGAUUGGACCCCUCAAAGCACUUGGGGAAGGAAAUUGCAUACCUGGAUACCCAUCUUCACAAACUAAAAGAGCUCUAUGGAAUAAAUGUUUGUGGUGAAGGUGGAGAGUAUGAAACAUUAACUCUUGAUUGUCCCCUCUUCAAAAAUGCUCGAAUUGUGCUAGAUGAAUUUCAAGUUAUCUUGCAUUCUUCAGAUUCCAUAGCUCCUGUUGGGAUUCUUCAUCCAUUAUCAUUUCAUUUGGAAAAGAAGCUGGACUCAUUAUCAUCAAGUGAUUCUAAUGGAGGCACCAGUCUCUAUCUAGGAGAUGACAGUACAGUGUAUGAAGUGCUAGAAGAACACCAACAAAAUUGUGAAGCUAAUCAAGCUAUGAGCAAACUAAUUGAUGUAACUCUUGAAAAGUAUGAUGCUAUGAAAGAGAAUCUCAAAAUUUCAAAAUCGCGAAAGGAUGAUAUAUAUUCUAUUUCUUGCUGGUUGGAGCACUCUGAAACUUCAACAAGCUUACAGGUGGAUCUGGAGGUUGUUCUCAUGGAAAUUGAAACACAACUUGCUAAGCAUGGGUGCUCUUGGGAAAAUGUACUUUAUAUCCAUCUGUAUAUUGCUGAUAUGAAUGAAUUUUCUACUGCAAAUGAAACAUAUGUGAGAUUCAUCACUCAAGAGAAGUGUCGUUUUGGUGUACCAUCAAGGUCCACGAUUGAACUUCCUUUGUUGCAAGUUGGUUUAGGGAGGGCCUAUAUGGAAGUCUUGGUGGCACAAGAUCAUAGCAAAAAGGUUUUGCAUGUACAGAGUAUAUCUUGCUGGGCGCCUAGCUGUAUUGGUCCAUACAGUCAGGCAACUUUACACAAGGAUAUACUCUACAUGGCUGGUCAGUUGGGACUUGACCCGCCAACAAUGCUGCUUUGUAAAGGAGGGCCAACUGCAGAACUUCAGCAAGCACUCGUAAACAGUGAAGCAAUAGCAAGGAGCUUCAACUGUUCAAUAUCGACAUCAGCUAUACUUUUCAUCAUCUACUGCUCAGCUUGCAUUGAAAGAUCAGGCAGAACUGUUAUUGAGAAUGAGAUGACCAGAGUCCUUGGGGAAAUGAAGUUAGACCAAUUGGAUACUAGAAGAACUUCAAAAGUGUUGGAUCCCAUUUUCCUUUAUGUCCUUGUUCCUGAUCUUCCAAAAAGAGCUCUUGUAGAAGUCAAGCCAAUGCUUUUUCUGGCAGAACAUGCACAACCUCCACCUAGAGAAAUUAUGCGCGAUCCAUCUGCAAUGCAAAGUUACUGGGGUUUCCAGUACGAAACGUGGCAUGACAACUGCCUUCAGAAAUGUAGCAUUGAGGGACAAGUAUGCGCCGCUAUUCUGUCUGUUACCGAAGAACUUGCUCAGAGUAUUUGUUCCAAAUCUAUACCUACAGUCGGCGGUGAUGGGGACUUAAACAUCCUUGUGAAGGAGGAUCAAUUGAAAAGAAUUGCACAAUUCUGCAUCUAUCGGCUUGACAAAAUCCUUCUGGAAAAUAAUCUUUCUUGGGAUGAUGUAUUGAAUUUUAGAGUCUAUUUCACAACAAGGCUCAACAUCUCUCACGGAACAGUCUCUGAGAUCUUCGCUAAUGUAUUCAGUGAAUUCGCGCAAAUAAGGCAGGGAGUAAAGAUCACGACAGAGCCCAUCUUCAACCUCGUUCCCAUGGUAGGUACUGGAAGGUCUGCUUCAUCCAUGGAUGAUAUUAUCACUUGUGAGCUAAUUUCCAGAAAAUUAUAGCCCUCUGCUCCCCUACUUCUUAGCCUCCUAUUUAACUGUAUUUCCGAUACGAUAAAAAAGUAUACUAUGAUCACCUUAGCAAGUCACACAAAAUUGCCCUGUUGAUUUUUCUUCUUUAAUGCAUCAAACAUUUGAUUACUAAGUUAUAUAUUACUUUUGGCAGUAGUAUGAAAGGUGUUUGGUUGAAGUUGUGAAAAUAGUGUAGAAGUAUUUACCAGUGGUUGUGAUAUGUAACUUGAAUGCUAAUGAAAAUGAAGCACAUUUUUCAGA